UGGGUGGGAAAGAUAGAGGGCUGGAGAGGAAUGAAUCUUAUAGAGGAAUGGAUCAUAGGAGAAAGGUAAAGUAGGAGGGGCACUGGGGGAGUGAUUGACAGGUGGGAGUGAGACGGAUUUUUUAUAUACCAGAAGGAGAAAUCAUUAUUCAUGCCAUGAGGUUGGAGGCUACCCAGAUGGAACAUAAGGUAUUGCUCCUCCACCCUGAGGAUGGCAUCAUGGCACUAGAAGAGGCCAUGGACCGAAGAGUUGGAAUUGAAAUUAAAAUGUUUGGCCCCCAGGAAAUUCCACUUCUGGCAGAUGGAGCAGAGGCGCUUAAUGACUCCCAAUUUACAACAGGUCUCACCAAUUUAUAGGGGGCCGCUUUGGGAGCACCAGAUACAAUAUACAACCCCAACAGAUAUACAGGUGAAUUGUUGCUUCACUUUUUGGGACCCUGAAUGGAGAAGAGAAAAGAGGUGAAUGGGCAGGUGUAGCAUUUUGGCACUUGAAGGGAUAUGUGCCAGGAGGAGAUUCAUUGGGAGAGUGAGUAGUUCCCAAACUUUUUUGGGUCAUCUCCCUCUUGGCUCUCAGACCACAUCUCCUCUCCCUUUCUGACCGUUACAUAAAAACCAUAAAGGAUUUUGAUUUGCAAUGCACAGUAAACAAAAAUAGGAACUGCAAAUACAAGGUGGCAAAUAAUUGCAACAAUUAUUCAAAUCUAUAUAAAGCAACAAAUGAAAUUGUUUAUUUAAUUACAGUAAAAAUUUUCACCAGUUUUAGAGAGUACAUUAGAAACAUAGAAAACCUACAGCACAAUAUAGGCCCUUUGGCCCAUGAUGUACUUACUUUAUAAAUUACCUGGGGUUACCCAUAGCCCUCUAUUUUUCUAAGCUCCAUGUGCCAAUCCAGGAGUCUCUUAAAAGACCCUAUCGUAUCCACCUCCACCACUGUCGCCGGCAGCCCAUUCCAUGCACUCACCACCCUCUGCGGUUUUUUAAAAAAAAACAACUUGCCCUGACAUCUCCUCUGUGCCAUUAGUAGUCCAAAUAUUCACUACUUCAUUGUGUUUUCACCUUUCAAUGAGAUGAAUGGGUUUGGUGCAGUAAUAUCAGCUUCUCAACAUCAAUCUGAAUGUCAGAUCCCCAUGUUCAGUAAUUUGCAGCCUGUUUCGUUGCUUUGAAAGAAGUUGGGUGACUGCACUGAAACAGCGCUCCACUGAAUAUAAUGUUGUAAAGGUAAUAAAGUACGAAUUGACCUUUUUCCACAAUAUAGCAUAGCUUUCAGAGAUUUCUUCAAGCAAAAGUCGUCAUGAUUUUUUAAAACCUGGCUUUAGCUCGCAGUAAUUUUGUAGCAUGUUCAGUUCUUCCUUGAUCGUUCCUGUUAAUUCCUCAUUACAAGUAUUCAGAAAUUGAUUUAUUUCCCAAUGUGGAAUUGGGAUUGAGAGAAGGUCCUGAAAUCUCCUUGACAUGUCUUUAUGUAGCUCAACCAGGUGGGUGCAGUACAACUGAAGAUUAUCUGGUAUUUUUCUUUACCAAAUCAGAGGCUUGGAAAUUGGAAAAGGUCGUGAACACCAAUAUUGCACUUAAAUAGGGUUAACUUGGAGAGAAAUGUGGAGAUAACCAAUUUGACUAUGAUAAGAUUCACCUAAUUUCUUUGCAAUUGAAGAUUGAUUUUGUUAAACUUUGUGACUAAUUCUGACAAAUAAGCAAUGUCAUGUCUGUUAUUCUAUAUUUAAUUACUGAAUAAAGCAUUCAAGUCUUCAGAGAAUUUUAUCAAUGUUUCAAAAAGCACAUAAAAAAGUUAUCAGGCAGUUUCCUUUUGAGAACCAUCUGACUUAUGUGUGCAACGGCAAUCAUUCAAACUGUUCAUCAUUCUCAUACAAAGCUCUGAAAUAGUGGAGAAUUGAGAGCUUGGGACUUGAUUUUAUUUACCCCAAUGAUGAUCUGUAUAGUGGAUCGAAAUAUUGAUUCCCUUUUCAUAUCUGUUUCUGCUCCCCUUGCAAAUAACAACUCUUGAACCAUGGUCAUCUUUUAUGAUGUGGACAUAACCAAGAAGCAAAGAUUCAUUGCCUGGCAAAGUUGACUUAUGCAACUGCAGCGCAAAUUCUGUUGUCCUAAAUAUGUUGGGUAAUGUAUCUUCUUCUGUGUCUAUCUAUUCAUUUGUCUUUGAACAGAGUUGCCACUGUGCGGAAUUAUUUUAAUUAUUUGGUCUGGUGACUAAAGCAAAACCGUACUCAGAACCUCCCUCAAUUCUUCUCCAAUAGUGUGGAGCUUUCCAGAUUUAGCGAUGAGCAAUGAAAUGUAUGAAGUACACAAACCAGCCCCUCGCUCCAGAUCCAUAACUAUCCAACCCACUCCACAAUCCUCAGUCCUUCUCCGAAAAAAGUCGUUGAACAGCUGAGGAAAGAUUUGAUGGUGAAACAGGACCACCAUGAAGGCAAAUUGCCAAUGCAACAGCCACAGAUGCAGACACAACAGCAACAACAGAAUGUACCACAGCUGAGCAGCCCACAGAAGACAAUAAGUGAACCUUCAGUUGUUACCACAAAGCAGAUUCCACUUACUCUACUGAAAACAACACAUACUAUGCCUGCCUCAGUCCUUUCACCAAGACCCACCAUUGCCAUGGUAACAGCUCUAAGCAACCCUCAGAAACCAGUGGUUAAUACAGACUCUCAAAACACACCCAUCAACCUACAGAUUACCAACAAACUGACAACUCUGGGGGCUGACGCUGUACGAAUAAUGCCAAAAUCAACUGUACAGUUGCAGGUACAGACGACAAACUCCCCACCAAUCAAGGUUCCCCAGUUCAUUCCUCCACCCAGGCUGACGCAACGCCCAACCCUUUUACCACAGGUUCGUCCAAAGCCAGUGAUGCCAAAUAGCAUUCCAAUUGCACCUGCCCCUGUGUUUACAACUUCGCAACUUAUCCAGCGACCAGUGAUGCUAACAAAACUAACGCCCACCACUCAGUCAUCAGCUGCAAAUUCCAUACAUCAAGCCAGAAUUGUGAAUGGACAACCUACUGCUGUCACCAAGACGCUACCAACUGCUCAGUUAACGGGCAUUGUCAUAGCCACCUCUGGUCCUAAGGUGGCUAGUCCCCAGCAGCUGAAACUCAGCAAAACAAAUCUGGACAAUAAGACCAUUAAACUUCAGGUUGAAUGGGAAGAAAAGCAGACUGAUGCUAGUCCUACUUCUCCAGUUCCACCUAAACCCAAGAAAGAGGAGAACCCAGAGAAAGUUGCAUUCAUGGUUUCUCUGGGGUUGGUUACACAUGAUCACCUUGAAGAAAUACAAAGCAAGAGACAAGAAAGGAAACGACGAACAACUGCAAAUCCAGUGUAUAGUGGAGCGAUCUUUGAACCAGAGCGCAAAAAAUCUGCAGUAACUUACUUGAACAGUCCUGUGCAGCCUGGGACACGGAGAAGAGGUCGCCCUCCUAAGUACAAUCACGUGUUGGGUUUGGGGGCAAUGGCACCUUCCUCCCCUCCGAGUCAUCCUGCCUCCCCAGAUUUCGAAAAAACAGAGAAUUUGCUCAGUUUUGCUGCUUCAGCACAGUCUGCAUCCAGUCCCAGCUCUGUAGAUGGUUUGCCCUAUUUAGCCACAAGAGCUACUUUACAAAGGGGUCCUGUCAGCAAGAUGCAAGAUGAGACAAAUGAUGUUGAAAACAUCACGAAAAAUCCCACCUUGUCUGGUGACAUCCAUGAGGAUUUCUGCUCUGUGUGUCGACGUAGUGGACAGCUGCUGAUGUGUGACACUUGUUCUCGUGUGUAUCACCUGGAGUGCCUGGACCCACCAUUAAAAGCCAUUCCCAAAGGAAUGUGGAUUUGUCCUAAAUGUCAGGAGCAGAUUCUGAAAAAGGAAGAAGCAAUCCCAUGGCCUGGAACUCUAGCAAUCGUUCAUUCUUAUAUUGCCUACAAAGCUGCAAAAGAAGAGGAAAAACAAAAGUUGUUAAAAUGGAGUGCAGAACUAAAGCAAGAGCGAGAACAGUUGGAACAGAAAGUUAAACAGCUGAGCAACUCCAUAACGAAGUGUAUGGAGACUAAGAACACAUUGCUGGCUCGGCAGAAGGAUAUGCAAUCCUCGCUGGAAAAAGUAAAACGACUAAUACACCUGAUCCAGGGUAUACAGCUCACAAAAAGUGACUCACCAACAGAUGAGGCUGUCAACAACCCCACAGACUAUAUGAAUGCUCCCACCGUUGAACCUUCACCAGUGAACUGUGACAGUAAUUUAGAGACCAAGUAGCUGAGAGAAAGGACUAGAUACUGUAGAAUUUACAAACCAUUCUGGGAACAAAAUUGUGACAGGUUGUUCCUGACUUGCCAAUUGAAGGGGGAUUCUGUGCUGGAUUUUGUUCUUAUAGAUCCACAUUGGGAGCGCCAGCUUGGUAAGAACCAGCGUCAAGCCAAGUGAAAUACCAGUGUGUGCCUGCUGCUGCCAAUUUGGUUUUUAGUUUGUCUACUCUUCAGGGAAAUAGGUAGAAAGCAAUGGUCAUGACUUAAUGAUCUGCCCUGGUCAUGGAUUGCAUUCAUGAUUCUCAAGUCCAGGACUGCUUGAGCAGAAUAGCAGAUAUUUAAUGCAAUUCAGUAUGAUGGGGAAACAUUGUGCAGAAUGCGGAAGUUGAAAGGCAUGAGAAUAUGUUGGUUCCAGUCAUUGACUGAAGUAGCAAAGGCAGAAUCAGAAGUUCAUCCGAGACAGGUACAUUGCGUAAUGGGCACAGCACAGAGUACAAUGAUAUUACUAUUUUGUUUUAAAUACAAAAAAAAACAAAUGGAGGUUUAUUAUUUGGAGGGUAUGUGGUGGCACCAAAACCAUGCAUGGCUUUUGAUGAAGAGUGUUUCUUUUUAACUUUAUUUUAAAAUGUCAUGUGGUUGUUCAUUGUACAAGUAGUUGUUUCAGUGUCUUGGGCACUGGAAAGACACAAGGCGGGCAGACUGAAUUUGUCCUGAGAUUUUGGGGGAGUUUAAGGUUUGGGAAAUAUUCAGGUCUUCCUAGUGUUAAACAAAUUAGCUAAGAAAAUUGUUGAGUGCUUUUGUUUCCUAAUGAUGUGAUUUAUAGAAAACAAAGUGUUAGAAGUUGAGCAGAUUCUGUAUAUAUAUAUAAAAAUGCAAAUAUAUAUUAUAUAUAUAUACAUCCCACCCACGCGCACCUCCCUGCACGCGCACAUUCCCGCACACACCCCUCCACACACACACACGCACACCCCCUCACACUUUCUUUGACUCUCUGUAUGUGUAAAAAAACAUCUGCUAUUGUCUGAACUGCCAAAAGCUAUAGUGAACCUGCAGGGAAUGAUCUUCAGUUUACUGGGGAAUAUACUGGAACAGUUUUACAGUUCUUACUAUUUCCGACUUCAUGAAAAGUGGAUUGAACAGGUAAUGAGAUCAGUUAAGUAAAAUGGUCAUAGGUCUUCAGUUAUGUAAAGAAAAAGGAGUAAGUCUGUUGUUUGUUGUGCAAGUACAGCCAGAAUGGAAAUUUAUAUUUGCAUUAAUAUUUAAUGUUGGUUGUACUUAAUUUAACAUAUCAGAGUGUGCUUGCCUUUACUUUUGGCACUCAGUGAAAAAUUCAGCCAUUUAUACUUAUAUUUGUAAUUACUAACCAAACAACAUGGCAGAUGGAAGAAGGAGUUUCUUCUGAACUAGUUAUGUGAAGAAUUGAAUUUUCCUGAUUGCUGCCUACCCACUCUGACAAUGGUGCAUGUACAGAACAUUUUUUUUCUGGGAAGAAGGGGAGGGAGGAGUUCUCUUCAAAGAUAGUGAUUUUCUGUCAUUACUUCGUAUUGGUCUUUUACAAAGUUUUUAAACCCAAUUCUGAACAUUAGUCAUAUUAAAGAUAUUUUUUCAUUGAAUUGAUACUCAUUGCAAUUUAUAAAAAUAACAUAAACAUGAAGAAAAUCUAUCUCAAAGCCAAAAGAUUUUUUUCUGAUUUGGUUUGCAACCAAAUAUUCAUUGGUGAAAGCUGAAUAGUAAUUUAAAUAAAAAAAAAGUGGUUGCAGAAGCAUUUCUGGAUGUAUCCCAAAAUCUUUAUUUCUUUAUUCUUUACAGUAUCUCAUAACAGCAGUGCUUCCCUCAACAUUCCUGCAUGAAAAUGGAUACUUAUUCUUCCUUUUCUUCUCAGUCAGGACAAACCUGUCAGUAAAUGUCUCUAUUGCCUUUAUUAGGACGUUCUGUUCUGCCGAUUAUAAUGCCUAUUUGAGAAUAAGCUGGAAAAUGAUAUUUAAAUUAAUAUGAAAAAUUAUAAAUAUUCCAAAAUAACCUUGUAUACAUAAUGUCAUUUGGUAACUGCAGUGAGUCAAUUAUGAAGCCACCAAUGUUCAUAAUCUUUCUUAAUUGACCUUGGUUCAGUUUCAAAGAGACUGUCAUGAUUUUUUGCUUGGUGGGAAUGGAGAUGUUAUCAAAGUAUAUUACUUGCCUUUCUUUACUACAGUAUGUCCUGGUCAUAUUUAGCCCUUAAUUUAACAUUUACUACCAUUUCUUAUUGGUACACUAUUUGUCACAUACAGCAAUUAAUGGCUGUUUGUGAGUUUAAAGCUAUAAAUUGUUAUGCUUUGCUAACAUACAAAAACUUAUGUUUCCGUUCACAUUGCCUUUGGAAAACACUUGAGUUCGUGACUUUUGAAGUCAUUGUCAUUUCUUUGUGUUCCAUUGUUCAUCACUGUCGUAAAUAAAUUUCACAAUGUCACCUAGAGUAUCUUCUAAAGUCUCCUGCAUGACUUGUCUGGUAAAACCAACAAUGACAAGUCUGAUCAGAUACGAGUUUGCUGAUUGGUGCUUGGAAAGGCGCA